CCAAAAGCAAAGAUCUUUUUACGAUCCUUCUUGAGAAAACUGCGAUUUAGCUGAGCCAUGGAGUUAAUCAAGCUCUCAAUAUGUUCGUCUCUGAUCGUUUUGGCGUUGACCUCCUCCGUUUCAGCCGCCGGCGAGGAAUCUGAAUCGAAGGAGUUCGUAGUGACAUUGGAUCACUCGAAUUUCACGGACUUUGUCGCGAAGCACAAAUUCGUCGUGGUUGAGUUUUAUGCGCCUUGGUGUGGCCAUUGCAAGAAACUUGCUCCAGAGGUACAGUAUGAGAAAGCUGCUUCUGUUCUAAGUUUGCUUGAUCCUCCUGUCGUCGUAGCAAAAGUUGAUGCUAGCGAUGAGCAAAAUAAAGUCCUUGCUAAGGAAUUUGAGAUUAGUGGUUACCCUACACUUAAGAUACUGAGAAACGGAGGCAGUGUUAUUAAAGAUUACAAAGGACCCCGAGAUGCAGAUGGGAUCGUUGCUUAUUUAAAAAAGCAGAGUGGUCCUGCUUCCUUUGAAAUCAAAUCAUCCGAAGAUGUUACCUCUGUAAUUGACGACAAUAAGAUUCUUGUUGUUGGUGUUUUCCCAGAAUUUUCCGGGGAGAAGUUUGAGAAUUUCAUGUCCCUGGCUGAGAGAUUGCGUGCUGAUUAUGAGUUUGGUCAUACUUUGGAUGCCAGACUUCUUCCCCGUGGCGACUCAUCUGUCGCAGGGCCUCUUAUCAGGUUGUUGAAGCCUUUUGAUGAACUCUUUGUGGAUUUCCAGGAAUUUGAUGUGGAUGCUUUGGUGAAAUUUGUUCAAGAAACUAGCAUCCCAACUGUGACUUUCUUCAACAAGGAUCCAAAAAACCAUCCAUUUGUUGUUAAAUACUUUAACAGCCCCAAUGCCAAGUUUGAUGCAUUUAAAUCGAAAUAUCAUGAGGUGGCUGAGCUUUUCAAGGGAAAGGACUUGAAUUUCCUUAUGGGCGACUAUUUUGGGCUGAAUGACGAGCAGGUUCCUCUUAUCAUUAUCCAGACUAAUGAUGGUGGGAAAUAUCUCAAACCGAAUGUUGAGCCCGAUCAGAUUGCAUCGUGGGUGAAGGACUUCAAGGAUGGCAAUAUUCAAGCAUAUAAGAAGUCAGAGCCCAUUCCUGAAGUUAACAAUGAACCUGUUAAAGCGGUGGUAGCUAACAACCUCAAGGAUAUGGUGUAUAUACUUACGGAUUACACCUCAAAUAUAAACAAUAUUUUCCGUGCAGUUCUUCUGGAGUUCUAUGCACCAUGGUGCGGACACUGCAAGAAAUUGGCACCAAUCUUGGAUGAAGUUGCUAUCUCGUUUGAGAACGACCCAGAUAUUGAUGCCACUGCAAAUGAUAUCCCACGGGACAUUUUUGAGGUGAAAGGUUAUCCAACAUUGUGUUUCAGGUCGUCGACUGGGAAUAUUGUUCGAUACGAAGGAAAUAGGACCAAAGAAGAUUUGAUUGAUUUUAUAAACAAGAACCGAGCUAGUCUCACCAAACAGGAGUCACGUAAGGAGGAACUCUAG